CCUCCCUAAGGGAACGAUCGGCGUCAAAACAACAACAACAUCAACAACGCACGUGUAGCUUCCUGAUCAGCUGAUGAAGUAAACAACUUCUCUUGCCUCAACCUGUAGAUAAUGAGAUAGUAGAAACUCAAGCCAUUUCUACCUGCUGAAUGUCCCAGCCAUGUUACGAAUAGCAGUAAGAACAUGUACAAAUUUUCCAAACCAAUGGCAAUACACAACAAGGAGGUGGAUCCACACCUCUAGGGCUAUGCGAUCUGUUGUUCCAGUGUUUCGACGAGCUGAACAGUACCAUGAUCAUGUAGCAUUAACUGACCAGCAUGGUGAACAUACCUAUAGUCAGAUUUAUAGGUUCAGUGGUCACCUGGCUCGCUUAAUGCAGGAUGUCCUAGGAAGAGACAGAGUACAAGAGAGAGUAGCUUUCCUGUGCCCCAAUGAUGUAUCUUAUGUCAUUGCUCAAUGGGGAACGUGGAUGGCAGGUCACAUUGCUGUUCCUCUGUGCCCAAAACACCCACAUCCGCAGUUAGAAUAUGUUGUGAAGGACUGUCAGGCGUCGGCUAUCAUUACCACUUCUGAUUUAGCACACAAGAUCAAGCCAAUUCUCUCAGGACAACAGGUUAUAGUCUUAGAAGAGUAUUUUUAUAAACAGUCUCCUGUUAGCAAAGAAAAUGAAGACAGUCCAGAUGCAAGCCCUGAGUCCAUAGUAGAAGAGAGUUCAACAGCACGGUGGUAUGGCUUGGAUAAUGAAUUUUACUCCUUGAGUGAUGCCAUGAUUCUGUACACAAGUGGCACAACAGGACCCCCAAAAGGUGUUGUUUUGAGUCACAAGAAUGUCGCUUCACAGACAAGUUGCCUGAUCCAAGCAUGGCGUUGGACCUCUAGUGAUUCCAUCCUGCACUGCUUGCCACUCCACCAUACUCAUGGCAUUGUCAAUGCUCUUUUAUGCCCACUACAUGUUGGUGCCAGAGUUGUCAUGCUACCAGAAUUUUCUGCAUCAAAAGUUUGGAGUCAUUUGCUUUCCCUGGAUACCCCAGUCAUGUCACGAGUGAACCUCUUCAUGGCUGUACCUACUAUAUAUGCGAAACUGAUUGAGGAAUAUGAAGAUAAAUUAGUGAAGAAUACUAGAAUGAUAGAGUAUGUGAAGGCUAUUUGCAUGCAGAAUAUAAGGCUCAUGGUAAGUGGCUCUGCAGCACUGCCUGUACCCAUCCUGGACCGGUGGAGGGCCAUCACGGGCCAUACACUCCUGGAACGCUAUGGGAUGACGGAGAUAGGAAUGGCCCUAUCUAACCCCCUAAAGGGAACUAGAAAGCCAGGUUAUGUUGGAACACCCCUCCCAGGAGUGGAAGUAAGGGUUGCCAAGUUCAUUCCCGGGAAGGAGGAGUAUGAGGUUCUUUGUGCCGGGAACAGCCAGGGAACCAAGGUCUUCACUGAUGGGGAGGCUGGUGAGCUUCUGGUAAGAGGCCCUAAUGUGUUUAAAGAGUACUGGAGUAGACCUGAGGCUACCAAGAAGGAAUUUACCCAUGAUAAGUGGUUCAGGACAGGGGAUACUGCACAGUACAUAGAUGGAGCCUACAAAAUCUUGGGGCGGACAAGCGUGGACAUCAUCAAGAGUGGUGGGUUUAAGAUCUCAGCCCUUGAUGUGGAGCAGCACCUCUUGGAUCAUCCACAUAUUGCUGAAGUGGCUGUGGUUGGGCUUCCAGAUAUCACAUGGGGACAAAAGGUUGCAGCUGUCAUUGUAUGGCAGAAGAAGGAACCCCUUGACCUGGUUAAGCUUCGUAAUUGGGCACGGGAGAGGAUGCCCCACUAUCAGGUACCGGCCGUGGCUAUAACCAUAUCAGAACCCUUGCCACGCAAUAAUAUGGGGAAGGUCAACAAGAAGCAGAUUGUGAUGGAUUUCUUCCCAGAUAGCAUGAACCAGCAGUAAUCUGUCUUUGUGUGUUUAGGGUAUGGAUGACUGGCUGUGAGGAGGUAGUUUUAAAGUAUGAGUGGGAUUUUGUUUGUUAGGUGCGAUGUUGGUAACGGUUAUUGUCCCUUCAGUCAAGUUCAGGGUUGAUUGAAGUUGAAUUUAGUCAAGGAAAAGAAUAAAAUAAUGUAGAGGCAGCUAAAAAAAUGCAAUGCUUUGGUUAAUUUGACAGUGUUACUACAUUUUAUUUUUCCUUAAGGUACUGUACCACAGUUGAAUUUGUAACUGAUGCCAGUUACUCUUGUCAGGUACAGUUUAAGGUAGAUUUCCUGGUUCUGAGAAAAGGUCCACAGGUCUAGUUAUGCAUGUUUCUUAUGUGUGCUUCACUUUUUCUUUUUAGUAUAAUGCAAUGCUGAUAAAGCUAUUGUUCAGCCACAUUUCCAAUGAUAUAAAAUAAUGAAUACUUCAUGACCUAUGACUGUUAGCUACCAUUGGUGCUUCCUUGGAGGUGGAAGUUAUCCAGAGAUCAAGGUACCUAUGUAUUUAUGUUUUUCCUUUGGCCUCCUUUGUAGCACCUGUAUUAGGAAUGUUAUUGAUCUCAGCUGGACUAUGGAGAGGCCAAUGUAAAUCAUCAGAUCACUGCAUACAUCAAUAUGCUGUAGUAACAGACUGAAGACAGAUAUUGUCAAACAAAUAUUACUAUUUGUCUUGAAGUAACAGAUAGUAUACAAGACUAGGAAGUCAUGUGCAUAAAAGCAGCUGAAAGUGUGCUGAUUUUAUUCUUCUUUUCUUUUCUUUUCUUCUUAGAUUAACAUGUGUAUAGUAGUGUAGAAGUCAUAGUUGGACAGUGGAAAGUAAAUCUAACAGAAAUAUUCCAGAAACCUUGGAGUGUAACAUUUUCAAUUUAGAAUUGCAAAUGCCUUUGCAUUGUGUGAAUGAGAUUCCAGGAUUUACCACCUCUCAGUAUUUAACUGUUAUGGAUUCUGUCUCUUCCAUAUUCAUUUUCAUUUGUACUGGGCUACUUUUUUAAGAACUAAGAUAUAUGUAUUUUAUAACACAGAAAAGCCCAGUCACUGCUAUUGAAACUAUUUAAGAAUGAAGUGUAAGGCAAGGGCUACCAUGAUCUUACAUGUGGGACCCUUGGUAUGUACUGAAAUUCCCUUGUUUAUUUUCCUUUUUUUUCCAUAUGACCUCCAAAAGGGCAUACAACCAGAUUGAAAACAGCUGCUUCACAUAGUACGUAGGGCCAGUUAAGAAUAUUUUUUGGAUAGGUUAUCUACCUCCCUUACUUUUUUAUGUUAUGUAUCUGACACUCAUGCCAAGAUUAUUUAAACAUCAUUUUGUGUCUGUGAAAAAAGGAAACAAAUUUAACAGCAACAUUGUGGUUACAUUUUAAUUUUUCACUUCUGAUUAGAUCAUAAUCUUAUGAUGUGCAAUCAUUUUUAGGUGCCUUAAAAUAUAUGGAUUUAGUGUAUAAGACUGCAUUAAUGAUAGGAAAUUACUUUGGUUCCACUUUUUCAUUUAUUAUGUUGAAAAAAACAUUGUAUUAUGAACCAUUCUGUUGUACAAAGAUUGACCUUUGAUGUUUUCUCUGUUAUUUUUAUGAUUAAUGUAAUUUAUUCACUGGUGUUAGGAGAGCUGGUUAUGAGUUAAGGCGGGACAUUAGUUGAUCAUGAAUAUUCUUUUGAAUAUGAAAUUAAAAGU